UCGGUCGGACCGGGCGUGUUUGCACGCGGAAAAUUCCGUACUCGAAUUUUACCACGACAUGUUAAUUUUCCCGCGUCUGUUUACGUGCUGCGUAAAUAUUUAGGUGGCAAAAUAUGAACAAUGAAUGUGCGAUGUUUUGAAAGAAUAAAAUGGAGGUAACAGUCGAUGUGCACACAGUUCAUCCUUCAACAUCAGACCGUGAUGUUAAAUUUGGAACUAAGACCCCAUUGGCCCGUGGGCCGUAUGGUUCUUGGUGUACGCCAGAGACCUCGCCCAUUCAUCACCCGUUGACGCAAACAAACUCGAACAUCGAAACGAAAACUCAGCUUCAAGAUCAGAAACGGUUUCUAGAAGCAAACAGUACUGUCUUCCCGCUGCAGAAAGUCAGGCUUUUCUCUACAAGCCCUCCUCCGGACUAUAUUUCGAGCAUUGAAGAUAAAAAGGCCAUAACUGAACUCAAAGAGCUAAAAAAAAACUACAUCACCAAAACAACUUCUGGUGAUAAACCACCGCCUAUUCAAGAGGAACCGGAUUGCGAACCGGAGUAUCCGCAGAGUCCUAUACCGGCCUCCCCGACGCGGUACACGAAAUGCAAGGGAUUCCUUCUAUCCACAUUUUGCGAUCCGUACAUGCCAAUCGAUCCUCAAGGUCGUCUCUACAUAGGAUGGCUCUGUCUAGUGACCUUCUGCUACAGUUACAAUGCUUGGGGGAUAGCUCUACGCUCUACAUUCCCUUACCAAACGCCAGAAAAUACGCCCAUGUGGUUGGCAACCGACUAUUUCAGUGAUCUAGUGUAUCUGUUAGAUGUCGCAUUCGUGAAGCCAAGGUUGAUGUACUUGCACGAAGGGUUCUGGGUCGAUGACCCCGUCGAAACCAGGAAAAAUUAUAAGAGGAAAGUGCAAUACAAGUUCGAUGUCAUCUCGCUCACACCCCUGGACGUGCUAUAUUUCUAUUUCGGCACGCAGAAAGCGAUCCUCCGGUUCCCGAGGUUGCUAAAACUGCAAACGUUUUGGGAAUUCAAUCAGGCGAUGGAUCGAGUGCUUGCCUCGCCCUACGUUGUCCGUAUAGGCAAGACGUUGUGCUACAUAUUCUACUUGAUCCACUUGAACGCGUGCGCGUAUUACGCAAUGAGCGACCACAUCGGGCUCGGUUCGAACGGUUGGGUAUACGACAACGAAGGCAUCGCCUACAUCAGGUGUUUCUACUUCGCAACUAAAACGGCCACGUCCAUCGGGAAGAAUCCGAAGCCGGAGAACACGAUCGAGUACCUGUACAUGACCGCGGCGUGGCUGAUGGGCGUGUUCGUGUUCGCUCUGCUCAUAGGCCAGAUCCGGGACAUCAUCGCGACCGCAACAAGGGCCAGGACAGAGUACCGUAAGGCGCUGGACGGGUGCGCGCGUUACCUGCGGCGACUCAACCUGCCGGCCGCACUGCAGCGCCGCGUCACGCUCUGGUUCAACUACACCUGGAGUCAGCAGCGAUGCUUCGACGAGGCCAAAAUACUGAACUGGCUUCCGUCGAACAUGAAGCGAGACGUGGCGUUGGCCGUGCACAUGUCCACGCUCAGCAAGGUGCAAUUGUUUCGUGACUGCUCGGACUCUCUACUCCGGGACUUGGUGCUCCAGCUGAGACCCGUAUCGUUCCUGCCCGGGGACCUGGUCGUGAGGAGCGGAGACGUGGGGCACCAGAUGUACAUCAUCAAGACUGGAGAGUGCUGUGUAAUGUCCCAGGACGAGACCGAAGUGCUGGCGACCCUGAGGGAAGGAUCCGUCUUUGGAGAAAUCAGUUUAUUGGGCAUCGAGGGACUGCGACGGCGGACGGCCACAGUUCGGUCUCGUGGAUAUUCGUCCCUGUUCGCGCUCUCCCGUAGCGACUUGGACGCAGCCUUAGAGUACCACAAAGAAGCAGCCAAGGUGCUUCGCAUAAGGGCGGAUCAAAUCAUCAGGGAGAAUGCAGCAAGACAAACCAAACAGAGGCUCGCUGCGUUGGAAGCCAGGAAAUCCGCUGAACUAGCGAAAAGACAGGAAUCGGCGCUUAGAAGGAAAUCUACCGUCUCUGGUCACAGCAAUGCCACUGAAGGACGGAGACUGAGGGCUCCCAGUGCGACCUCCAAGCGAAGGUUGUCCACUGUCUCCGAGAAGAAGAAUCCUCGGGCUAGAGGUUAUCGAACUUUGGCAUCGACGUGCACCGGAAUACGGACUCCGCUGCCUACCAUUGUAUUUACAGCUGAAUAAAAAUAUAAAAUAAACGUUUCUAGUCAUAUAGACUCUUCAUUAGUAUGUUGUGUAUCCACUCUAAUAAUAUCUAACUCUAACUAUAAUUAUUAUAAUUGGAACAAAGUAUUAAUCAUAUUAUGUAAAAAAUAUACGUUUUAUGACAUUAACAUGUCCACAUUACAUGUCCAUUAGUUCCUUCAGGGGUGUGUUACGUUAUAAGAAUUUCUAACAACAUAUUCAGUGCCAAAUAUUAUUUUUCAAAUAACUGCAAUUCGCUUUUUUUUGUUUCAUUUAUAUCAUCAAACAUUUUUAAUAUCAUGCCGUUA